UACACAUCCUAUAUAACAAAGCCAACUCUACAUAGACAGGAACCAAAAGCACACCAUCCUUCGCAAACCCUAAUAGAGAGAGCCAUCAUCCAUGGCGAGCAAGCUCGCGGUGAUCCGUGCUCUCGACAAUACUCGCACGCAAUUGUAUCACUUCACGGCGAUUGCCAUCGCGGGGAUGGGGUUCUUCACCGAUGCCUACGACCUCUUUUGCAUCACCGCCAUUACGAAGCUCUUGGGCCGUAUCUAUUACCCCGGUAUAAACGGUGCGCCGGGUAAGCUCCCCCACUAUAUCACCAACGCGGUCACCGGCGUGGCCCUGGUCGGGACCCUGAUGGGCCAGCUCUUCUUCGGGUACCUUGGCGACAAGCUUGGCCGGAAGCGGGUGUACGGUUUAACCCUAAUCCUCAUGGCCCUCUGCGCCAUCUGCUCCGGCCUCUCCUUUGGCUCGUCGACCAAGUCCGUCAUCACGACCCUGUGCUUUUUCCGGUUCUGGCUUGGCUUCGGCAUCGGCGGGGACUACCCCUUGUCGGCGACUAUCAUGUCGGAGUACGCGAACAAGAAGACCCGCGGCGCUUUCAUAGCGGCGGUCUUUGCCAUGCAGGGCGUGGGGAUCAUCUUCGCGGGCCUCGUCUCCAUGACCCUGUCGGGGCUCUUCCUCUGGUGGUUUAGAGGCGAUCCGCACGACAAGCCCCCAUUUUUCGUCGCUCAGCCCGAGGCAGAUUUCCUAUGGCGGAUCGUGCUCAUGAUCGGCGCCUUGCCUGCUCUUCUCACCUUUUACUGGCGGAUGAAGAUGCCUGAGACCGGCCGUUAUACGGCCCUCAUCGAGGGGAACGCCAAGAAGGCCGCAGUAGACAUGGGUCGAGUCCUCGAAAUUGAACUUGAAGAGGAACAAGAAAAGGUGGCGCAAAUCAAGGCGGCUAACGAAUACAAAAUAUUCUCGAAGACCUUUUGGGAGAAGCACGGUCAUCACCUAAUAGGCACAAUGAGCACUUGGUUCUUACUAGACAUCGCCUUCUACAGCCAAAACUUGGCCCAAAAGGACAUUUUCCCAGCAAUGGGUCUCAUAAAAAAGGCCAAUACAAUGGGUGCUCUUCGUGAAGUCUUCGUGACCUCGCGAGCCAUGUUCCUGAUCGCGCUGCUAGGCACAUUUCCGGGUUACUGGUUCACUGUAUUUUACAUAGAGAAACUCGGGCGGUUCAAGAUCCAGCUCAUCGGUUUCUUCAUGAUGUCCGUCUUCAUGCUCGCAAUCGGGGUCAAAUACAAGGAACUCAGGGACCCGAACCAGCACGAGGGAUGGCUGUUCGCUAUCUUGUACGGGUUGACCUUCUUCUUCGCAAACUUUGGACCGAACAGCACGACCUUCGUCUUGCCCGCGGAGCUGUUCCCCACCCGGGUGAGGUCCACAUGCCAUGCGAUGAGCGCGGCGGCAGGGAAGGCGGGCGCUCUAGUUGGCGCCUUCGGGGUCCAGACAUAUACUCUGGACCAGUCGACGAACAAGAUCCGCGCCGCGAUGAUGUUCAUGGCGUUCACAAACAUGCUAGGGUUUUGCUGCACGUUCUUGGUGACGGAGACCAAAGGGCGGUCCUUGGAGGAGAUAUCGGGCGAAGACGACGGAGAGGACCAGCCAGAGGAGGGGCAUGACUACAAAUAAGACGUGCAACAGCACGAGAACGCAUGUUGAUAAAGGGUUUGGUGUAAGAAGAGAUCGAUACGCAUGAACCAAUGCUUGGGAGGACAGCCAAUAAAAGUAGCACGUAUGUAAAAUGGGUCUGGUCUUGUCUUAUGCCGUCCUUCAUGUACCCACUUCUCUAUACAUACACGUAAUAAGAAACUCGAAUG